AGGAGAGGUCUGCGCUACUGGGUCCAAUAAACGAGCAGCAAAGGCUGUCAGAGUGAAACUGUGAAUUAGGAAAAUAAAGCCCGAGUUACAAGCGGUUGGAUUUAAACUAACAUUUACCUACGACUUUCCGCUUGGAUUUAGCAGCUAAGGGAGAACGUAGACGGCUCGGAAACAGAGUAAAGGUAUCAUGGCUGCCCUGUUUACCGAGUUACCCUCCUAGACUUCCCCGAUCUAUAGAUAUACAUACCUAAACAUCCCUGAAAUCCACACAAACACACACACACACACUUUAGACUUUUGGUGUGUAUGAGGGAUGACGACCUCCCAUUUGAAUGGCCAUGUUGCUGGGGAGGGAGGAGGAGGAGGAGGAGGAGGAGAUGAAGAGCUGAGGGGAGGACAGCAGCACAGAGAAAUGGCCGUCGACUGUCCGGGAGAGCUGGGGGGGCGAAUGCUGCCGCUCCGACGAUCUGCACAGCUGGAGAGGAUACGACAGCACCAGGAGGACCUUCGACGUCGCAGAGAGGAGGAGGGUCGGCAGCUGGACCUGAAUGCCUCACUUAGACUUAGGAAACUGUCCCAGAAUCCCCACAUCGGCAUCGACAACCCCACAUUCCUGGAAGACACAUACAUAACACAGCGGCCAGCGCUCGGCAGCCAGCACACACACGUGCCGCUGGAGUUGGAGGAGCUGUUGCUGUCACUGAAGCAGGUCCGGGGCUGCCUGUCCGAUCAGCAGAGUCAGAAUGACAUAGAGCUGGUACUUGCACUACUAAACAAGUCUGACUUCCAGUCAGCGCUGAAGAUCCAUAAUGCCGUGGCCACCAGCAUGCACCGACCCUCUCCUCCGUACCCACACACACACCAGUCACUUCAGCUGGCCAUGGAGGUCAGGAAUCUCAUCCAGUCAAGUCAGAACAAAGAGGGACUCGAACUCCACAGCCUGCUGUCAGACACACACAUCCAGUCAUUGCUCCUGGCCCAUGACAGCAUAGCAGAGAGGGAAAUGCAGCCUGAACCUCCGCCUGCCCAAGGAGAAACACUGACCCAGUGGGGAGGAGAGACUGUCAAGAUAGUUCGCAUAGAGAAGGCCCGGGAUAUACCGCUGGGAGCGACAGUCCGUAAUGAAAUGGACAGUGUUGUGAUCAGUCGGAUUGUUCGGGGUGGAGCAGCUGAACGGAGUGGACUUUUAUCAGAAGGAGAUGAAAUCUUGGAGAUUAACGGGAUAGAGAUUCGAGGGAAAGAUGUCAACCAAGUCUUUGACAUUCUGGCGGACAUGCACGGCCUACUGACCUUUGUGCUGAUUCCCAGCGAUCAGAGCAAACCCCCUCCUGUCAAAGAGACAGUGAUUCACGUGAAGGCACAUUUCGACUACGACCCCUCAGAUGACCCUUACGUGCCAUGCAGAGAGCUGGGCUUGUCCUUCCAGAAAGGAGAUAUUCUCCACAUUAUCAGCCAGUCAGACCCCAACUGGUGGCAGGCUUACAGGGACGGAGACGAGGACAACCAGCCGCUAGCUGGACUGGUACCAGGCAAGAGUUUUCAGCAGCAGAGAGAAGCCAUGAAACAGACCAUAGAAGAAGACAAGGAGCCUGAGAAGCCCGGGAAACUGUGGUGUGCAAAGAAGAACAAGAGGAAGAGAAAGAAGCUUCUGUACAACACUCACAGGAACGAUGAUCUUGAUAAUGAGGAGAUUCUCACCUAUGAGGAGAUGGCUCUGUACCACCAGCCAGCCAACAGGAAGCGGCCAAUAGCACUGAUUGGUCCAAGCAGCUGUGGACAGGGAGAACUCAGGCAGAGACUGCUCAACAACCAGCCAGAGCGGUUCGCUGGAGCCGUACCUCAUACCACACGGAGCCGUCGAGAAGGCGAGCUGAGUGGUCGAGACUACCACUUCGUGUCACGUCAGACCUUUGAGGCAGAGCUGGCGGCUGGAAAACUGAUCGAAUCUGGUGAAUUUGAGAAAAACCUGUAUGGGACCAGUACAGACUCAGUGAGGCAGGUCAUCAACACUGGAAAAAUCUGUGUGCUCUGUCUGCACACGCAGGCUCUAAAGGUGCUGAGGAGUUCAGACUUGAAGCCUUAUAUCAUCUUCAUAGCUCCACCCUCCCAGGAAAGACUCCGAGCCCUGUUGGCUAAAGAGAACAAGAACCCCAAGCCCGAGGAGCUGCGGGACAUCAUAGAAAAAGCCCGGGAGAUGGAGCAGAGCUGCGGUCACCUGUUUGAUGCCGUCAUCGUCAACAUGGACCAGGACAAAGCCUACAACGAGCUGCUACGACUCAUCAACAAACUGGACACUGAACCUCAGUGGGUGCCCUGCUCCUGGCUGCGCUGAAAACACUCUCACACAGACACACACACACACACACACACUCACACACAAUGACACAUCAUUCACAGAGUGGACACACACAACCCAUUUCUACAGAUCUAACAAACUGGACCCUGAAACACUGGUGUGGUUUUUUUUUACAGUGUGCUGUGCUGAUGUGCUGAGGGUUAGAACAUGAUAUUAGGGUCAAUGUUAGGGGAAAAAAACAAACAAGAGAUUUUGAGAACAAAGUUGGAACAUUACAAGAAUUAAGUUGAAAUGUAGUAAGUCAAAAUAUUGUGAGAUAAAGUUUUAAUUUUACGUGAAAACAUCUCAGUAGAAAUAUCAUUGUCACAGUAUUUACAGUUAGUUAUCACAGUGUUACAAGAUAAAGUUGUCGUUUUACAAACGUUGCAAGAAUAAAAUAGUAUUUUUGUAGAAAAAAGGAUAUUAUAAAAAUCACAUUUAUUAUGAAAAAAAUUAAUUGAUGUAAUUUGGAAUUCUAAAGGAUAAAAUCCUAAAAUCUUGAGAAUAAAGUUACAGUUUUACUGGAAAAAUUUAAUGCUCUUUCAAGACAUAGUAUCACAAGAAAAAGACUAUUUUGAGAACAGAGUGGGAUUAGAUUUUAUAUUAUUAUAUAAUUUAUAUUAGCCUGUUUGAGCCUUUACUGAUGACCUUUAUCAUCUUUGCUCUAGCCACUGUGUUUGAGUCAUUUCAGUGUCCUAAAACAUGAUAUUGAGGUGCUCAUUAAUCCACAUUCACUUAUUUUACAUAUAAAAGCAGACAAGCUCCCUUCAACUCUUUAAAAUAAACAACUUAAUUUUUAAAAUAUUACUUUUUCUUAUAUUAGGAAUUUUCUUGCAAAUCUGUGACCAUAUUCUCUGACUUUAAUCAAAACGUAGGACAGUUUGUUGUUGAAAUAAUAUAUUUUUUUUUCUAAUACUUUGUUCUCAGGAAACAAAGUAUUUCAGGAAAUUUUACCUCAAAAUAUUACAAAGGUUCCACUUUUCUCUUAAAAUAACUUAAUUCUUGUAAUUGUGUGAUGUUUUCUCUCAAAACUGCAGCUUAGUUCUACUACUGUAAUUAUACCAUACAGCAUUAUAUCCUUAGAUGAACACAUUUUGUAUACUAUGACUUCAUCUUGAAAUACAACUUUCUGCUUAUAAAAUUUCUGCUUUAUUCUAGUAAUUUUAAGACUUUUUCUUGGAUAGUUAUGACAGUUUGUUAUAAAACUGCAGGUUCUUUCUGUGUCUUUAAUCAUAACAUUUUAUCUUCAGAAAAAAAAACCUUUUCUGGUGUUACUAUGAAUUUAUUCUCAGAGUUUUAUUACAUUAAGACUUUUCCUCAUCAAACCACGAGUUUAGUUCUGUAACAUUUCUUUCUUAGAAUAUCACAACUUUGUUGAAAUAUUAUUUUCUUAUAAUUUCUUCUUCAUUCUCAUAACACUACAUCAUCUCAUCACUUCCUCUUAACAUUGGCCCUAAUACUCUGCACACAAUCAGCAUCUUGUAGAAUGUAUUGACCUGGUGACACUGGUAAUCCUAAAUACAUCAAAUGUAAACUUUGUGUGUAUUGACCGUCCUGAAAAGGAGGAAACCCUCAACAAACUGAUCCUGGAUGGUGCCUCACUGAUCCAUGAUGGGUUUUUUUUACCAUGCAGCAGUGACAUCUUUGUGUCACAAGUUUCUCUGUCAUCAUCACAUCACACUGAGAUUUUUUUUUUUCUUUUGGUUGUUGUUGUUUUUUCCUUUCAGAGUUGUUCUUGCUCAGAGAUGCUUGGGCCUCUUUUAUCAUGCAUCCUUUGACUUUGUGAUCCUGUGAACGCCCAAAUGAUUUUAACAUUUUCAGUGCAGAGGAUCAGUGGACACAUUUGAUUCUGAAUUCAAGCUUCUUAGUUUUUUUUUUUUUUGUUGUUGUUUGUUUGUUUAAUAACUCUGGCUUGGCUUUGUCCAAAACACAAAAUGUGUACUGAAGGCCCUGGUAAGGAGUAAAUGUGAAAAUCACACACACACACACACACAGACCAUUUAGUGCAAAUUUUAAUUCACACUGAGCCACCGCAUUUAUUGCUAUGAAGAACACUCACACACGUCCUGUACGUACACACCACAACAGUGCGUUAGCCGCUGACUCUCUCCUGUACUUGGUGAUUGGGGGUGGGGGCGGGGGGGGGGGGGGUCUGCUGAUGGCCUUAAACCGCAGCCUUCUGGAACCGGACUGACCGACCUGUUGACUGACUCACUAACUGACCUGUUGAACGACUGGUUUAUAUCUGACUAUAUCUGUUAAAGUGCACACUAUUGCAAUAAACACUAAAAUAAAGGACACAGCACUUGAUAUCUCUUUUUUUUUUUACUGGCUGACUGUUUUCUGCCUGUUUUUUUUUUUUUGUAUUUUUUCCUGACUGACCAAUGACAGGUCACUGUGUCAGCUGACUCCUUCUGUCCUGUCUGAUCACAUUUAGAUAGACUCCUGAGCCUGAGCCCUGAGGGGGGAAGCAGGUGGAGGAAAGUUGUAGGUUUUAGUUCCUGAUCGUCACAUGAUGCUGAAUUUAUUAUAUAUUUAGUGUGCGUGCGUGUGUGGGUGUGUGUGGGUGUUUGUGUGUGUUCAUAUGCCUGUGAAUGUGUGUGUGUGUGUGUGUGUGUGUGUGUGUGUGUGUGUGUGUGUGUGUGUGUGUGCGUGCCUGUCUUUGAAGACAGUUAAGUAUUAUGAUGACCUGAAGUAGACCUGACACCAUAUCACUGUUAUCACUGUGUAGAGCAUUUAUAUAUAUGUGUAAUGCUGAAAAUAGAAGUCCAGAAUGCACCAAUAGAAUUGCAGGUUUCACCCCCCUUGCCUCCCUGCCAUUGGUCCAGGAGGAAGAGGGGGACAGGGAUAAGUGGAAUUAACUGUGUUGAAUGUAAAGUUAAUUGAUACCAGUUCCUCUGUAUCAGACAUCACAUCUUCCUGAGAAAAUCUGCUUUUUGUAUGAAUAUUCACAAUGAAUAAAUAAUAGA